CACACAAAAAAAAAAAACCCCUUGAAUCUCCAUAACAGCCACCAGAGGCGGAGGAACUUACAGGAUAUAAACAGUCUCGCCGCCAGUCCGUCUGAGGUAACCUGUUGCCGUUUCCGUUUUCGUUGCCGUUACCUCUGUUUCUUAGGUUUUCCUUUUAGCUGGCUGUUAGGUUUGGGUUUAGGAACUUAGGGUUCCUACUUUCAGUUGAAUAGAAGAAAAUGACGAAGAGUGAGCGAAAGAAACGAAACAACAAGAGUAAAGACGAGCAACGAUUUACUGCGGAUACUGCUAAGCUCAGAAAGUUCAAGGAACCAUCCAAAUCCUCUAAUUUUCUGGAUAAAAUGAAAGCAAGAUUGUCAGGUGGUCAUUUCAGGAUGAUUAACGAGAAGCUCUACACUUGCACUGGGAAGGAGGCGCUAAAUUAUUUCCAAGAAGAACCAUCGCUAUUUGACCUGUAUCAUGCAGGAUACAAAAUGCAAAUGUCAAAUUGGCCUCAACAGCCAGUUAAUGUGAUUAUUGAUUGGCUAAAAAAGAAGAGCCCUUCAUUGGUCGUAGCUGAUUUUGGUUGUGGGGAUGCACUCAUUGCUAAAAGCGUGGAGAAUAAAGUCUACUCUCUCGAUCUUGUCUCCAAUGAUCCUAACAUAAUUGCUUGUGACAUGUCAAAUACACCGCUUGAUGACUCAUCUAUUGACGUUGCUGUCUUCUGUCUUUCUUUGAUGGGAACCAACUACCAAAGUUACAUCAAAGAAGCAAACAGGGUGCUUAAGCCAGGUGGCUGGCUGUUGAUAGCAGAAGUAAAGAGCAGGUUUGAUCCAAACACUGGAGGAGCCAACCCUGAGAAGUUUACGAAUGCUAUUUGUGAGUUAGGUUUCAAGUCUGUAAAAAAGGACUUCUCAAAUAAAAUGUUCAUUCUGUUUUACUUUACAAAAAAGGAUAAGCAAAAUUUUAAAAGGAAAGAAAUCGAAUGGCCUUUGCUUAAACCUUGUUUGUACAAGCGCCGUUGAGACCAAGUUAGCUUGCUUUCUUUUUUAUGUUCCCCAAUUCUCACUUGUUAUAUGCUCAAAAGUUUAACCAUCUUUUUUUUCCAUAUAUACCUGUCUUGUUGAUCAUUAAGGCAUUGUUUGUUACAUUGUAUUAGGUCUUAUAUUAAAAUUUCAGGUUUCAUGAUGCUAAAUAGUAUAUUUUUAUGUUUGAGUCGAGCAAUAUUAUACAUAGUUCUUAUCGUACUCUAUGCUAAGAUUUAUAUAUUUAAGGUAUGUUUGGUUGGAGGGUAAACAUCAGGAUAAAAAAUGUAUCAUAAUAGUAGAUAAAUACCAUGAAUUAUGAUGUUAGUUCUGUUAAAAAAAAUUACAUUAUAUUAAUACUCUCAUAUGAAGUUGAAAAUUAAAAACCCAUAUAACUAUGACAUGAACACUCCCAUACCAAGGUCACCAGUAUAAUUUUUCAUUAUCGAGUUUAGUCAGUCUUAUAAAAUUCCAUCACUCCUAAAGCAAAGCGGGCUUGGCAUGCAACUUGAAAUUAGAAAACCCUGGUUUUCCACAAAAUCCUGGAAUUCUGUCAUGGUUCUUCACUGCCAUUAUCAAGAAACAUGAGAUUGUCAAAGCCUGUAACCAUUUUAUCAGCUUCUGUGGAUUGAAUUACUUCAGGCAUUAUGAAAUCCACAACUAUCACUUUAUCAUUUUGUGGCAAAGAUUUGUAACAAUUCCUUAUGAUUUU